AUGGAUCACCUCUCUCCCCAGUCUUCCAACACGCGGGAUGGUUCUCCCACCACGUUCCCAGACUCGUCUCGCCGCACCUCUCACACUGGUAACCAAGGUGGGUUGGGAUCGUUGAUAUAUGAGGUGGGGGUCGUGUGGGCUCACCUGCGGCCGCUCAUACCGUUCUUUCUGAUCAGUGCAAUGGUCGUGGCAAUCAUCUACCUAAUCCAGCACAUUAUCUACUCCGGGCCAUUCACCGAUCCACUCUUCUUUGAGAAAUUUGAGGAACGUUGGCCUAGGCCCAAACCGCACAAGGAUCCUGUACCUUCAACCCCAGUCCCUUUCACUGACCCUUUGGAAUACAGAGGGAAUGGAACCCUUUGAACUUGAGUCGUGAAAUUCGGAUGAAUUCUGCCUGUGCCAUAGGAUUCUAUUUGAAGGUGGAUCAAAGGUUUUUAUAAUCUCCCUGUGGAAUUUGGGGUGAAGUUCAUAAUCAAAUCAUGAUUAGAUCUGCACGUGACUCCCAGAGGGUUCUGUCUUUGACUCAAAAUGGUGUCCCUAUGUCUGUUCUAUUCAACAGCCCGUUGGGCUAUGUAUAUAUAAUGUGCAGAUUAUGAGAACCUGGAGUCUGGACCAUUACUAGGCUAUAAUUAGACUACAAUGCUCUAAUGUCUUAAUCUAGAUUUAUUAGCCCUGUAUAACUGCCUGUCAGUGACAGUGGAUUUAUUUAAUGAUUUAAAUUCCAGUAGGUCUGGCCUAGAUCUACACAGUUAAUUGUUUUAGAUUAAUACAAUAUCGUAAUUAGGGAGAAAAAUGCAAAUUGAUGGAGAAUAAAGUUUUGGUUUUAAAAAAUGUAAGUCUGUACAGUUUACAGUCCAGUACAUACUAAACAAAUAGCAAAUUUUCAUAGACCAUAUGGAUUUUCUCUACAGGUACACGCAUGGCAACCCAUUUAGUCGUGUUGCCAGGUCAAGCUAUAAUUUGUAGUGCAAUGACCACUCAAAACCUGCCCAAAAGGCCUGAAAACUACCCCAAUAUUCACACAUUUAUCCAAUAUAAUGACAAUCUAAAUACUUAUGGUCAAAUUGCUUCUCUGCAUUUCUCCCUUUGUUAUUGAUUCAUCACAUGAAAUGAUUUAAUCUGAACUAUAGAAGUGACUGAUAGUAAAUGGUUAAGAGGUAUGUUUUUUUUCAGAAACCCUUCUUUUGAAAUGGUGUUAACACAAUGUUAAUCAUUGUGAAAUAGUGUUAAUACAAGUAACAUUGCUCUUAAUUGUAUUCCUUUAAACUGAGUAUAAAAACCUAAAAGCCCCAAGUUUGCUUUUUGGCUUCUUUUAUUUCAUAAUAAGUGUCAAUUAAUGUGUAGAGAUAAGUACUCACCAAAACAGUAGUGCUAGUUUGGUAGUAGCCCUCCAUCUAGAGGAUGGGGUGAUCCCCACACAAGUUGGUGCUGCUGCUGCUGCUGCCAUAUGUUGCUCUACAGAGUAGAGGGACAGAGAUAUAAUGAGGGAAGAGUUGGAUAAACAGGGGGAAUGAGACUUUGCAUACAGAUGACUGAAGGAAGUGUGUGUGUGUGUGUGUGUGUUUUCUGCUCACCCCCAAAGUGCUGGGUUAGGCCAACCAGGAGCCCCACUACCAGAUUGAAGCCAUUUCUUGGACUUUAGGGAACACUCAGCAACAGGGUUCCAGCCAGUGAGGGGCCAAAAGAGGUAUAUGCUGGUGAUCCCCAUGCAAGUUGGAGCUGCUGCUAUUCACCAUCACCACCUAACAGAGAUGGAGAGUAGAGGAACAGACAGAGAUAUGAGGGAUGGGUUAGAGAAACUGGGGGAAUGAGACUUUACAGACAGAUGACUGAAGGAAGUGUGUGUGUAGACUCAAAAAUAACAUAAAAGUUACUCACCCUGCUUUUGUGUUUUUCCUGUGAUUUGAGAGUUUCUUGCUGUGGUAUCUUAUCGCCACACACAGCAGCUUCUUGGUUGUGAUGUCAGUACUUUCAACAAUAAUCAAUGAAUAUGACUCAUUGCCAAUGUCCUUUAUUAGUUCCUCAUGCACUGUAGGCCCUUUAACUGCAUUUAUGAGCGCUGUGUAUUUUGUUCUGUGGAUCUUGAUACCUUUCUUUGCAAUGUCUUCAACAACACAUCCCAGGUGAUCUACAGUUGCAAUGCUGGAGCGGCAUGCAAUAUGUGCAGCCAUCUGUAACGCUGGUCGUUUAACUGUGUUAUUCUCUCUUACAUGUGUAGUUCCAUUAGAAAAUGGAGCAGCAUUUCUCGUGUGUUUCUCCGUUAGUGCAUGAGAAAUAAGAUCGGCGUGGUGGGCUCGCAUUUCUAAUUUGCAAUACAUACAGUAAGAUUUUCUGUCAUCUCCAACGAUGCUCUUAAUCCAUUCCAGUAUACCCCGUUCUUUUUCACAGUCUUUGCAACAUUUUCGGCCAUAUUUUGCCCAUUUACCUGGCAUUCUGACAGCAGAAUCGUGUCUAGCCAGUAAACUAGCGUGUCAAAUCGGCACGUUGCUCCCCUCUCUCUGACUUCAACGUUCAGGCCAAUGUUAGCUAGGUAGCUACAUACCCAGAGAGAAAGCACACUGUUCGAUCCUCUCUCAGUUUCUCUCCCUUGCUGUGUUGGCUGUAAUUAUUGGUAGGAUCAGGAUACAAAGAACCAAGUAAAUUAUAAUUUUGUGGGAGAAGUAUGUAACUAGCUAGCUAGUGCUGCUGUUCAUUGUUGAAUCUCACAUCACUUGUCAUGAUGUGCGCGCGUGCUGUUCUCCUGAGCCUCGAGACUCCGCUGAGCUGUUGCUGCAGCCAGUGUUGCCAACUAAUUUUCGGUGGAAGUUGCUAGAGGCAGGUCGAUUUGUUGCUAAAAGUUAUUCAUUUUUAAACACAACAUGUUGAAUUAUUGAACAAUUACAUUUUAUUUAUUUUCUUAUUAACUAGUAAACCUACACAUUCUGAACAAUUAUCGUUUUAAACAGUGUAUUGGUAGUUAGUUAACAUGCUACCUAACUGAUCAACAAUUAUAGGUACAAGCUAAUAACAAGGUAUAUACGCUAUCUUAUUGAACAAGCAACUUAAUUAAAAUAACUAGGCAUCUCUCUCCAGGUAGUUGUGCUGCUUGGCCUGCUGCUGCCUUUGCACGAGCUGAGCGCCUGCUGCUGACGUCACUCACAGAAGAUCGUUUUUGUGUCAUUUAGAGGGAAAAUGCGUGCAUUUUAGCGUUUGAGUCACUUUUCAAAAGUUGCUAAAAGUGCCAAAUACAUUUUUAAAAGUAGCUACAUUUGUUGCUAGGUGCUGUUUGAAAAAAAAGUUUCCAGGGUAGUCUGAAAAGUUGCUAAAUCUAGCAACAAAAUUGCUAAAUUGGCAUCACUGGCUGCAGCAGAAGCGCUCUCUCAACAGUACCACACACACACAUACCCCUCCCUCCGGCCCUUCCGAUGACUGUAUGAAGCUCCUUCCACUCAAUCAUUCUGCAACAGCCUCACAGUGAAAUUAAUAGAUAAUAAAACAAGAGAAAUGCUAUGGCGGCCGCUGCAAAUUGGGCGUGACAAGGAGUCUAGCCUUCGGUCACUUAAGAGUUAAAUACAUAAAAAAUAUAAAUAAAUUGUUUUAAACUUCUAUGCACUUAGCAUUAUGGAUGCUUUGAAAUUUCAUUUUCUUUCAUUUGAGAAAAAUGACAUACCGAAUGACUGGAUAAAGGUGAGUAAAGUGAUGCAUGAUUUUAUUUCUGCCAGCUAACGUUAGCAGCUGUUGCAAUAUGUUGUCUUUUAAGUUACGUUUACUAGCUAGCUAAUCACACGGUUAAACAAAUACGUUAUUUCUAUCAUGCUAAUAGAGAAUGCACUUCAACAAACUAUUUUCACCACUUGAAAUAAUAUCUAUAUACUCAUUGCUUGAGUAGAGUGUUGGUAGCUGGUGCCCGUCGCACAACCAGCUAGCUUACGUUCUAAUUUGGCUGUGAUUAUGUAACUAGCUAGCCAGCUAUCUGUCAACUCACUGCAGGUGUCAGCAAUGUCUGCGACGGUGUGCGACCAAUUAAGUAGAUUGCAAUUCAGCUGACAAUUAAUGGGGUUAAUAUUUUCCCAUAACAGAUUGUGAUUGUGGCCUAAAUUUGUAAUUUUAUUAAGUCAUGUUUUAAGUUUAAACUCAGAGAAAUGCUUUUUAACAGCUGAUUGGCCAAUGUGUCAUCUGAUGUAGCCUAAUUAACAGAUUCAAUUGAAUAGGCCUAUUGUAGUACAUCAUCCUUUCAUCUCACAACCUAUAUUCCUCCCUUCUUCCAUUCAUCCUUCCAUCGACUCCUCUCUCUCCCUCCCUAACUCCGUCCUCUCUCUCUGUUAGUGGAUGUGGGAAUGUGGCGGUAUCAGAGGCCAGGGUUCGAGGCCUUACUCCUGGCAGAGCUUCAGAGGCAGCAGAGGUGCAGACAGUUCUGUGACACGGUGCUCCGAGCACAGGGUAUAGAGACACACACACACUUAUAAUGUAAACAUGCACACCAUCCGGCUCAUCCAUCCAUCUCUCUCUCCCUCUACCAGGGGUGUCAGUACCGGCCCACAGUUGCAUCCUAUCCGCCCUAAGCCCCCAGCUGUCAUGUGCCCUGUCCACCUUACCGGCACCUCCCUCUGGGCAGAGCCACCUACUGGAUUUCCAGGCUUUUGGGGCCUGCAACCUGGUGAGGCUGGUGGGUCUGCUGUACUCUAGGGAGAUGGUGGGAGAGGGGGAGGCAGAGAGGCAGGAGGUGAUCUCUGCUGCUACCAGGCUGGGGAUCCAAGGACUGGUGGAGGUUGGAAAGAGGGAUGACAAGAAAGAAAGGGAGGUGGAAGAUGUGGUACAGCAGUCAAGGAGUAUAGCGGGUCCAAGCUUGGCGGAGGAGAAGAGACGGAUGGAAUGGGUAUCACAAAGGGACGUGGGGGUGCAAACGGACGCCCUGCAGAGCAGUGAAGCUCAGACAGAGAGAAAGAUGGGAGGAGAAAGACGGAGGAGAGAGAAGAGAGGAGGAGAAGCUCUCACCAUGAGGUUCAGAGAGAGGAUGAAACCGACUCCAUGUGAAAAAGACUCAGGGACUCAGGCCUGUGAGUUGAAGUGGAGUGAGACAGACACCGGUGACUCCAACGGUGGCUUUUCCACUGGGCCCAUCUGUUCCACUGUGGACUCUGACCUCGUGACCUCACUCACUGGUUCAGCUGGGCCAUUUUUUCACAGUGCGUCCCAUGUUGAUGAUGUCAUCCCUAUCCAGGGAACAGAGGCCUCUGGUUUUGUUGUCCCUCUUCCCCUCUCCGUUCCGCUCCCCACUAAUGUCCCCUACAUUCCCCUGUCUCACCUGCUAUACUGUCCCCCAACUGAGAAUCACACCCCUAACAAUCCCCAUCCUACCAUCUUCAUGCCUUCUGGGGAAUCUGCACCCAUUUAUUUCCUCCCCAAUCCCUCUCCUCCCUCAUCCCUCUAUCCAUCUCGUCCGUGGCCCUGUCUGCGUCUGGCCGAGAGCAUGUGAACGAGGGGCGCCAACCCUUCACCUCUGACCCACCCCAGACAUGGGGGAUGGGGCUACCAGAAGGAGGAGGACUUGGACCAGGGGGGGAGGGAGAGGCAGAAGGGUUUGAGCGCUUCGAGGGAAACAUCGCUGGAUUCAUCAGUUACUUCCUGGAUCCCGCCCAACCACAGGAGGAGAACCUGAGAGGGAGGCGGGGCCGGAGGAGGCGGACGGGAGGAUCCAAGAGGGGAGGAACUGAGAGGAGAGCCAGGAGGCCGAGAGGAGGUGGUGGUGGAGCGAGAGGAACAGUGAAGAAGAAGGGGUCUGAGGUUGAGCAGGCAGUGAUGGAGGUGUCCCAGAGAACAAGACUGUGGAGUUGGGGGGUCCGAGCCUGCAGGAUGGGGAGGGGUGGGGGCAUGGUCGGCAGUAAACUCUACCUGAAGCCCAGGGAGCUGAUGCAGCCAAUCAAGAUCCGUCUGAAGAGGCGAGGGCAGAGCAAGGACUGGGAGAUCACUGGUGUGGAAGAGGAGAGGGGUGGAGCCUCGCGGCGGGGCAGAAAGAGAGGGAGGGGCCAACAGAAUGCAGGGCAGCAGCUUGUCCCGGUGAGUGACAUCUGUCUGCCUUCACAUAGUCACGCACACCUCUGUCAUGACAUACAGUGAGCAGAGCAUAUGAGCAGAGUGGAGCGGUGAGAAUCUCAGCUCCUCGCUCACGGAGCUGUUCACCCUUCCGCUCCCCCCGCUCAAAGCCACAUCAGGCCAGUCUGCUCAUUAUCGCUCAGCGCUCAACGCAGUUUGCAUCGCGCUCCACUCCAAAUCGCCCCCGCUCACUCCAAAAAAGGAACAAAAUCUGCAUGUAUUUCACUUUUAGCUUAAACCACAGCCUUACUUUAUCUCCCCGAAUUUGUUGCAUACAGACUCAUCUCGGAUUAUCCAUUCUGUCUUGAAACGGGGAUCUAACACUGACGCUAAAAUGAGAUGUUAAUCCGUAUAGUAUAUUCCAUAGCGAAUUGACACGUUGUUUGCCAAUGUUUCUGCAAAAGCAGCGAUGCCCAUUGGAAGUGCAGCGUGAGUGUAAUCGGUGAGCAGGGAUUUGAUUUCUGUGACAGCAGGGAGGAUCAUCCCCAGGUUCCCCAGCUCCUUCUGCAUUUUGUCUGUGAGGUCUGCUAGUGGUGUCAGCACACUGACAAGGUGUGUCAGCUGCCGUACUUGAUUCAGGGUGAUGUUAGCAACAUUAGACUUGAGUUUGUUUUACCAUAACGGGUCUUUUUGGAACAACCGGAUGAACGACUGAAUCAUCCACAGCUGGCUGCUCCAUCGAAUGGCGCAGGCAUUUGUGGGGCGGACACCUAAUUGGUCGGUUUCCUCUGUGCUCUUGCGUACACUUUUCACCAGGUGCCCGACUUUCACUAACAGCCUAUUAAUGUUGUCGUGCUUGUUAACGGCGUUUUUGAUCGCCAGCUGAAGCAUGUGAAUGGGGCAUCUCAGAUGUAAAUUUGACAAAGUAAAGUACUGAUUUAUCAUAGUUUCUUGGGGGGGUGUAGCCCGGUUGAGCUGCGCUGGCGAAGUGUUGCAUCCCUUCGCGUUCUCCUUUACUCAGCGGUUCAUAGUCCAUGAAAAUCAUUUCAAAAAAUGCUACAUCCAGCUCUCUUUUUCUCUCCCUUGUUAUGGUUGGGCCUUUGCGUUCAGUGAAUAAACUUUUGAAUUCCUCAACCCUUUUCUCUUGUUGCUGCUGCUGCUCCUCUCGCUCUAUAAAAUACAAAUUCAUGGACGACACAAAUUAAAUUAAACAGAUGGAUUCUGGGUCAGGCUUGAGCAUGCUUCAGACUCGUGGUGUGAGCGAGCGAAAUUGGAGCGGGACAUAGGGCGACGCUCCGUCCUUUUAAAAAUGCCGCUCUGCGCUCUGUUCAAAAUCCGUCCGCUCACGCUCCACGCUCGCUCCCGCUCCACUCCGCUCAUAUGCUCUGACAGUGAGGGAAAAAAGUAUUUGAUCCCCUGCUUAUUUUGUACAUUUGCCCACUGACAAAGAAAUGAUCAGUCUAUAAUUUUAAUGGUAGGUUUAUUUGAACAGUGAGAGACAGAAUAACAACAAAAAAAUCCAGAAAAACGCAUGUCAAAAAUGUUAUCAAUAUAUUUGCAUUUUAAUGAGGGAAAUAAGUAUUUGACCCCCUCUCAAUCAGAAAGAUUUCUGGCUCCCAGGUGUCUUUUAUACAGGUAACGAGCUGAGAUUAGGAGCACACUCUUAAAGGAAGUGCUCCUAAUCUUAGGUUGUUACCUGUGUAAAAGACACCUGUCCACAGAAGCAAUCAAUUAAUCCGAUUCCAAACUCUCCAUCAUGGCCAAGACCGAAGAGCUCUCCAAGGAUGUCAGGGACAAGAUUGUAGACCUACACAAGGCUGGAAUGGGCUACAAGACCAUCGCGAAGCAGCUUGGUGAGAAGGUGACAACAGUUGGUGCGAUUAUUUGCAAAUGGAAGAAACACAAAAUAACUGUCAAUCUCCCUUGGCCUGGGGCUCCAUGCAAGAUCUCACCUUGUGGAGUUGCAUUGAUCAUGAGAACGGUGAGGAAUCAGCCGAGAACUACACGGAAGUAUCUUGUCAAUGAUCUCAAGUCAGCUGGGACCAUAGUCACCAAAAAAACAAUUGGUAACACACUAUGCCGUGAAGGACUGAAAUCCUGCAGCGCCCGCAAGGUCCCCCUGCUCACGAAAGCACAUAUACAGGCCCGUCUGAAGUUUGCCAAUGAACAUCUGAAUGAUUCAGAGGAGAACUGGGUCAAAGUGUUGUGGUCAGAUGAGACCAAAAUGGCAUCAACUCAACUCGCCGUGUUUGGAGGAGGAGGAAUGCUGCCUAUGACCCCAAGAACACCAUCCCCACCGUCAAACAUGGAGGUGGAAACAUUACAACUUCACCGCAUCAAAGGGACGAUGGACGGCGCCAUGUACCGUCAAAUCUUGGGUGAGAACCUCCUUCCCUCAGCCAGGGCAUUGAAAAUGGGUCGUGGAUGGGUAUUCCAGCAUGACAAUGACCCAAAACACACGGCCAAGGCAACAAAGGAGUGGCUCAAGAAGAAGCACAUUAAGGUCCUGGAGUGGCCUAGCCAGUCUCCAUACCUUAAUCCCAUAGAAAAUCUGUGGAGGGAGCUGAAGGUUCGAGUUGCCAAACUUCAGCUUCGAAACCUUAAUGACUUGGAGAAGAUCUGCAAAGAGGAGUGGGACAAAAUCCCUCCUGAGAUGUGUGCAAACCUAGUGGCCAACUACAAGAAACGUCUGACCUCUGUGAUUGCCAACAAGGGUUUUGCCACCAAGUACUAAGUCAUGUUUUGCAGAGGGGUCAAAUACUUAUUUCCCUCAUUAAAAUGCAAAUCAAUUUAUAACAUUGUUGACAUGCGUUUUUCUGGAUUUUUUUGUUGUUCUGUCUCUCACUGUUCAAAUAAACCUACCAUUAAAAUGAUAGACUGAUCAUGUCUUUGUCAGUGGGCAAACGUACAAAAUCAGCAGAGGAUCAAAUACUUUUUUCCCUCACUGUAUGGAUUUUAUAACUAUGUGUUUGUGCAUUCUUCACUUGCCCAUGCUGUAAAGUGUAAUGAUAGUAUAUUGUUUGGUAAGUUACAUUUUGUUACAGUAAAGUCCUCUCCCUCAGGAUGGCUUCCCAGUGAGGUCAGGUCAAGCCCCUCCCCUUCCCUGCCCUACCCAUGCAACUCUACCAGGCUCUGACCUACGAAACAUCAUCACCAUCCAACCCCCCAACUCCGUCCUCAUCUCCCUGCCCGUUACCUGGACCCUGCCCCAGCCCUCCUCCACACUGCCCCCCUCCCCCCUUUGGCCCCCCCUCCCCAGGAGGACUCUGCCGAGCAGUUUGACCCCCUGCUGGAGGACAUCAUGAUGGGCCUAGACUUCGCCUGUGGUGGUCGCCAGGACGCCGGCAGGGGUGUUGCCGUAGCAGCUCCUAGCGCCAUGGACACUGUUACUGAGAUGACCGGUGCGGGUGACCGUUCUGGAAGUGCCAAGUCUUCCUCAGAAGUGGGGCCGCAGCAGCAGCAUGCGGAGGGCGAGCUGAGGGACAUCCUGGAUCACUUCCUCAGGUCGUUUGAGCAGCAGGUGGCAGCAUCCAACCCAGUGGCAGAGGGACAGGGAGAGGGGGCUCGGAGCACAGCCAGCCUCUCGGAGCCUUACACUGCCCUCAGGAACUAUAGUGGAGCCCAGAUGGUGACCAGCACAGCUGAACACAGAACUCCGAGCACUCAAGUCAGAGAAGAGCAGAGCUACACUCACACAGCCCAUACACACACCUCUAACACUGGGCAGAGUAACACACACCUGGCCCAGGUAGAGCAGUGUAGCACAGUCACACACCCCGCACACACACACCUCCCUCUCAAUCACACAUCACCUCUUCUACACUCAACUCCUACUAACAGUGUCCAACCCACCUCAGCUCUACCUCCUACCAGUUUGCCACCCAGCCCAGGGGAAGAGGGGAGGGUGAUGACCAGAAGACAGUUGCGAGGCGAGAUCAACAUCCAACCUAUAGUCAAUCAGGUCGCUGA